GGACUUCCAUUGUCCACGUAUGAUAUAUUUGAGGCGCGUGGUUUGUGUCAAGUGACACGACCACAAUUUCUAGGUCGUACAGUCCUCAGAGUGGUAGAUUGUCUGGAGUUGGGGUUUGAACACUGCUAAACAAUAUGCUAGACUCAAAGACGAAUAAUUUUAGUGCUCUCGGGUUUCCCUACCCAAUUUAUGUAGUUGACGUCUUGGAUAAAAAUUCGUUGGUUGUUGCCGGUGGUGGUGGCGCAGUAAAAACUGGUGUUCCAAACAGAAUUGACAUUGUCAACCUCUAUCGAAAUGAAAAAAAUGAUCCAACUCCUGUUGACUGCCAGCGUUCUGGAGGUUUGGACACAGGCACAGAAGCUGUUAUGAGUCUUACUGUCAUUACUCCUGGAGAUGGUGGUUACAUCGCGAGUUUGGAAGGUCAGAAGUGUGUAGAAUACAUAGCCCAUUCAAAAGUUAAUCUCGUUGACACACCCUUAAAUUCAUCAAGUGUUGAGACCAAUGUGUCUUCUACAGACAAGACAGAUGAUAUAAGUUUGCGUCGAAGAAAAGGGGGAUCUGAGAAAACGGAUGAAUUAAACAAACCAGCUAUUUCUCUGGAAAAAAAUCCAGUGAAAAAUAGUCUUAGUGAAUCAAUACCUUUAGAGUGGGAAUUAACUAAGAUUCGUGAAUAUACACUUAUGCAACAGACUGCGUGUUCAGCUGAUGAUUCUGGCUCUGAAUCACCCUCAGGUUCUGUUCCGGCAAGUCUGUCAGGAACACCAACAUGUGUAACACAUGGUGGUCCUGCUGGUACGUGGUUAGCUGUUGGCUCUGAUAAUGGCUCUGUAUUUCUAAUUAAUCGUUAUUCUCAUCAACAAGGAUGCCUUGCCAAUGAACAACAGUUAGAUGAUCUCUCCUCCCAGUCAUUGAUCCUGUAUCCAGAUGUUAGUGGUGGCCUCUCCACUGGUGUUUGCAGUAUGGCUUUCUCUCAUCCACAUAUCAGUAGUUCUAGUGAUUCUACAACUUAUCCGCUACUAGCUACAAUAUGCGACAGACCUGAUUGGAGUACAUUGCGUGUAUGGCGUACUGAUGGGCGAUUUUCAAAAUCUUUUCUACCUUUGAGUGAUAUAACAUCAAUGCGUUCAUCAUCAGUAAAAGGUCAUCAACAAAUUAAAUCAAAAAUAUCAGUUUCUAAGCAAACUCUUGCAGAUGGUCGGGGUGUUCGAUUGAAAACAUUUCUUAAAAGUGUAGAUACUGAUGCCUAUGACAAUUCAUUUAAACUUCAGGAUCAAAUUUUAUUCAGUCAUUCAAUAGAAAAACAUCCAUUCGCUAUUGCUUCUUGUAGUUCUUUAUCAUGUAACAGUACGCCUCCACCCUCGCCAACUGCUGUUCCAACUACAUCAACAUCGGGUAAAGUUGUUGACCGCUCGAAUUAUCGUUUCAGACAUUGUCAAUUUAUGAAGUAUUCUGUAACACCUCAAGUUCCAACCAGUCAUCCCUCAUCUACUACAAAUUCUAAGGAUGAAAAUAGUAAUAACGUCGAGUCUAUGUUAGUUACUACUCUUCAGCCUUUAUGCGCAAAUCGGCGGAGUUUUAGUCGUUUAAUUGUUUGGUCAGUUCCCCAUGCUUCUUCGUUGGGUUCUGAAUCAUCAGGUAGUGGAAGAAUCCAUCAACCGGUUCAGCUUAAUGCCUUUGCAGAGAUUACUCUUCCUCAAGGACAUUUACCUGCCUGUUUGGCUGUCCAUCCUAGUCGGUCACGCGGUCUGAUUGCCGUGGGCACUAUGGAAGGGCGUGUUGAUGUUUACUUGCCUGUCUGUCGUGUGAUGUCACUCAACGCUCCCCUCAGCGCGCUUGUCCAAUCCAUGUUUAUUUCCUUCGGGUAUUCGUUUGGCGAUAGGUUCUUGACUGGAUGUUUAUCUGCCAGAGUUCCCCAUCACUAUUCAUUCCUGGUCGACCAUCUGAUUUUCACUAUGGAGCAAAGGAAAGUGUUGAUGGGUCUAGAGUCUGUUGGAGAUAUUUUCUGUGAAGGGCAAGUGAAUUGUCUAUCACUAUAUGGAAGUACUCAGUGACUAGAUACCGAUGUUGAAGAUCCGGAUCUUGUUUCUGAUACUGAGUGAAAGAGAUGUCAACCCUGAUUUCAGCUUGUCACCGUGCAAUCAUCGUUUGGUCAAUGUAUACUCCUUAAAGAAUGCUCAUCCAAUAUUUGUCACUGCACUAACCUUCUUACGACAAGAUUCAUCAUUGUCUACACAGAAAUUUCAAAAGACCAACUCAAAAACUCAUCUGAAAUCGGAUUCCUUCGAUUUAGUCAGUGUUAGCGUAGAUCGAUUGGUUAAAUGGCAUCGUGGGCCAACUUAUUCAAUUGUUGGUAAACUAUCACGAGGACUUAUUGAUAUGCAUAAUAAUAAUAAUAAUAAUAAUUGGUUUAGGCAUAUUAUUAAUGCAAAAGUUGGCAUCUCUAUAAUUUACUUCCUCGGCAUAUUAAUGUUACCAAUUCUUUUGGUGUUGUUUGAGACUAUCUUGUCUAAAUUUUAAAUAGUGUAUCUUAUUUUCAGAAUGUACUCUGUUUGUUUGUAUUCAUAUGAUAUGCAUAUCUAUGCUAUAUAUAUACAUAUAUGUAUAUUUUCUGUUUCACACAUGCAGACGUGCGCGCGCAUACAAUUAUCAUAACCAAAUGUCUUUCAUUAUCUAGUUAUGAGUGAUUACUUACAACAGAUGAUACCUUUAUUCUAUCAAAAUCUGGCUAAUCUCUCUCUCUCCCUCUCCUUUAAUCCAAUUCAUUUGUCUAUAUACAAUUAACUGAUUCUCUGGAUAGUUUAGGCAUGGAGUUUGUACACAAGAUGAUUUUUAUUAUUAUUAUUAUUCGUUUUACUCUUUAUCUUUUGUCGUCUCCACCCUCAUCCUCAUUAUUAUUGUUGAUUUCGCUAAUAUUUAAAAAAAUAAUAAUAGUAAUUUUAUUGUCUUACUCCAUGUUGUUAAUAUAUUUAUCAGCUCUAUCAGUUUACUUGAUCUCGAUUAUUGUUAUUAUAUUCCUCCUCCCCUCCUCCUCAUUAUUAUUAUUAUUAAUAUAAAUAGGUGAGUAAAAAAGAGUGAAUAAAUUUAACACCACAGACAUUUUUGACCUAUCUGUGAUCUCUUUUUACUGAAUAAUAUUCACAUAUUGUCACAGUUUAUUUCUCCUUCACUAUUUAAAAAAAAAAUAAUACUAAUAAUAAAACUCGGUUCCUUCUUUUCUGUGUGUCAGGUUUGUUUCGGUGGUAGUGUAUUGUGGAAAUUAGGAUAUACUACUGUGUGUAUGUGUGCUUGUUUGUCUGUGUGCAUGUGUGUGUAUGUAUGUACGUACGUAUGCCAUCACUUCAUCGUUUUGUUUUCUAAUAUAUGAGUUUGUACGUUUGGAAAAAAGACACAUUUUAAAUUGAUAUUUUGUUUUCUUUCUUUCCUUCUUCCUUCCUUUUAUUUCAUUUAUUUAUUUGUCUUCUACGAUCAUAAUGAUGAUGAUAUAUACAUUUUUUGACUAUUCGAAUUAAAGUGAUUGUAAGAUUGUAUUUUUUGUUUUGUUUAACGUACUUAUAUAAAGUGGUCAAUACUUGAUC